AUGCCUUCGAAGACUGGAUUUUUUCGCAGAAUCAAGAUGAAUUCUAAACACAAGAGUCGCUCACCUUUAACCAAUGUUGUUCAUAAACCACAGGUUUCGCAUCAAGGAGUCAUUUUUCAUGAGAUUCCUUCCCCUGCAUCACCGUCUUCUAAGAAGAGAAGGGAAACAUACAUGGCCAAACAUAUUUCAAAGAAGAAGAAGAAGGGUAGAGUGAUUAUUUUGUCAGAAUCUACAACUGAUGAAACUGAAACCAUUCUAGGGACACUGGAAGCUGAUCUUCAAAAAGAUAAUGUAAUACCACCUGAAGUUUCGAUUGCCAAGACAGUUUCUGUGGAGGAACAAACUUCUGACACUUUUGUAAACAUAUCUAAUAUGGAUGCAAGUGUCACAAUGGGUGAGGAUGCUUCGCAUGUUGUAGACAAAAGUAAAUCUUCGGAUGUUACUCCAUACACAACUGUUUCUUUCUCUUCAUAG